AUGUUGAGAACCUCUUUUAGCCAAUUGGCACGCCGCGCCUAUUCGAAAUCUGCCGAAUCGCUCACCAUUGGGUUGAUUCCAGGCGAUGGUAUUGGAAAGGAAGUUAUUCCAGCAGGCAAGCUAGUGCUGGAAAAUCUGUCCAGCAAACAUGGGCUCAAGUUUAACUUUGUCAAUCUGCAGGCUGGAUGGCAGACGUUUUUGGACACUGGUAAGGCUCUCCCCGAUGAGACCAUCCAAAUUCUCAAAAAUGAUUGUGACGGUGCGCUUUUCGGUGCCGUUCAAUCGCCUACCAAUAAAGUCGAGGGCUACUCUUCGCCCAUCGUGGCCUUGAGAAAACAGCUUGGUCUGUACGCUAACGUGCGUCCUGUGAAGUCUGUUGAGGGAACUAACGACAAGCCCGUGGAUAUGGUCAUUGUCAGAGAAAACACUGAAGAUCUUUAUAUCAAGUCUGAGAGAUCUUACAUCGACGAGAAGACCGGUACCAGAGUAGCAGAAGCUAUUAAGAGAAUCUCCGAGACUGCCACCAGAAACAUUGCCAACAUCGCUCUGGAAAUCGCCUUGCAAAGAUACAAAGUCAAUGGCAAGGCUACUUUAACUGUUACUCACAAGUCCAACGUCCUAUCGCAGAGUGACGGUUUAUUCAGAGAAGUCUGCAGAGAAGUCUACGAAUCGAACAAAGAGAAGUUCGGCGUUGUAAACUACAACGAACAAAUUGUUGACUCCAUGGUCUACAGGAUGUUCAGAGAACCACAAUGUUUCGACGUCGUGGUGGCUCCUAACUUGUAUGGUGACAUCUUGUCCGACGGUGCUGCCGCUUUAGUGGGCUCUCUUGGUGUUGUUCCUAGCGCCAACGUCGGCUCCAGCUUCGUGGUCGGAGAACCUUGCCACGGCUCUGCUCCAGACAUUGCUGGUAAGGGUAUUUCGAAUCCAAUUGCUACGAUCAGAUCCACUGCUUUGUUGCUAGAAUUCAUGGGCCACCCAGAAGCUGCUCAAGAAAUUCACAAGGCCGUCGAAGCCAACUUGCGUGAACAAGCUAUCAAGACACCAGACUUGGGUGGAAAGUCUACCACACAGCAAGUGAUUGACGAUGUUCUAUCUAAGAUGUAA